ACAAAGCUAAGAAAAGCUCUGUUACUUAUUGAGCCUAAUGUAGAGCGACAUCGUAAAAAUAUUAUAAAGGCGCGAAAUGAAGUGGGCGCAGCAUUUUGCGAAGUGACUCCUUGCGGACCGCACAUCCUUGCGACUCGCGCCCAUAUUUACACUCCGAGCUUUUUGACGUCAUUAGUGAAUGUAUUCCUUUUUUGAUUUAAAAUGUCAUUAAGAUUCCAAUGCUCAAUAUUCCUACUGAGUCUUAUAGCCGCUGUAUCUACAAGUGACUCUAUAGAUGCUAAUGAAAAUGGAUUUUCAGCGACCAAUGGUGCUUUUUACUCGGACGAUGCAGUUAUUUUAAACGUGCCAGCGGAGCGAGUGAAGCGUGAAACAAAUACCACACGAGAUGGAAAACAACUAUUGUUAUUAAGUCCCAGACAAGCUGACGAGGGUGCGUUUGGUGUCGAUUGUCAAACUAACGUCGGUAAAAAGGGGACCUGUAAGAGCUUUCGCGAUUGUUACCCCAUGUUCAAAGUGGUAGAUCUGUCUGGUUACGACGGGUGGGUUAUGGGCCACUACGAUACAUGCAGUUACAUUAACAACGAUAAUACUGAGGUGUUUGGAGUGUGUUGUACGCAGCCUGUUGGCACCCCUCCUCAACAGGAGCCAGACGUCCAACGCUUCGGUGUAUUGCAUCCAUCCUUUCCGCUGUCACCAUUAUCCAGCUUCCCCGGCCUCCCCCCGUCUGCGCUAGCGGCGCAGUUCGCGUACAACAAUCAGCUGACGCGACAGAUCCCCGCGGUGUGGCCGCCCACGCUCCCGCCUCUGCCCACUCACCCGCCCGAUCACACCGCACCUACUCAUCCCCCAUCAUUGGUUGCUGGAGUAACACAACCACCUCAAGCUCCUGCGAGCACCCCGCCUACGACAACCUGGGGUACUAAGCCUCCCAGCACAACUAAACAGACUUGGCCCCCGGCUUAUCCUACUCAACCAGCCAGGCCAACUGCACCCACUCAGCCGCCCAGGCCAACUGCGCCCGUUGGAGUAGAUACUUCGUGCGGUGUGAAGAAUGGACCACAGGUGUAUGGAGCUACUGCCGAGUCGUCGACGGACGAGGAGCGUAUAGUGGGCGGACACAACGCGGAGCUGAACGAGUGGCCGUGGAUCGUGGCGCUGUUCAACGGCGGCCGCCAGUUCUGCGGCGGCUCCCUCAUUGACAACAGCCACGUGCUCUCCGCUGCGCAUUGUGUUGCACAUAUGACGUCGUGGGACGUGGCGCGCCUCACAGCCAGGCUAGGUGACCAUAACAUUCGCACCAACUCAGAGACUCAACAUGUGGAAAGGAAAAUCAAGAGAGUAGUCAGACAUCGAGGAUUCGACAUGCGCACUCUGUACAACGACGUGUCAGUCCUAACAUUGGAUCAACCCGUGACCUAUUCGAAAACGAUUCGCCCCAUCUGUCUGCCCGGUGGAAGCAGAGCUUACUCAGGGCUCACAGCUACAGUCAUUGGAUGGGGCAGUUUGCGAGAGAGUGGUCCUCAGCCAUCGAUACUGCAGGAGGUGUCGAUCCCGAUCUGGACCAACAACGAGUGUCGGCUUAAGUACGGCUCGGCGGCGCCGGGCGGCAUCGUCGACCACAUGAUCUGCGCUGGUAAAGCCAGUAUGGACUCUUGCAGUGGAGACAGUGGCGGUCCACUCAUGUUGAAUGAAGGCGGUCGCUGGACACAAGUGGGCAUUGUCUCGUGGGGCAUCGGGUGCGGCAAGGGCCAGUACCCGGGAGUGUACACAAGAGUCACCGCUUUCCUGCCCUGGAUACAGAAGAACUCGCAAUAGUUUAGCAAUUUCAAUCAUAUAAGCCGAGAGAGUUUCUUAAUACCAAGACAAACCUAAAAAUUUAAGAUCUUUUGGACACUUGUCCAAAAGUGAGUAGUAGAUUAUAUAAAACGGUUGUAAAAUUUAAGAUCUUUUGGACACUUGGGGCUGGUUUCACCAAUUUUCUAAUAAGUGUCUGAUAGCUUAUUCACAAGUUUUCUUUUUGUCUUUGUAAGAAAGUGACAAAAUUUACGAUUUAAUUAUCCGACACAUAAAACGUGGCGAAACCGUCCUUAAUGUUUCAAUUCGAGGUUCCUACUCACAUGAGAAAAUCUCAAUAAAAAGUUAAAAAAAAAAUUAUGCUGGAUAUUACAAACAGCACAAAAUUUUAAUUCAAUCAAAUUUAUGCUUAUAAAUUCUCCCGACUUUUAGCUAAAUAAGGAAUAAAGUUCAAGGAUUCGAUUCACAAUAAUCAUGUCAUAUUGUGAAUCAAUUCUUUUGAGAAAGGCAACUCUAAGUUUUUGUCUUUCUUAAUCAAUUGGUGAUAACUACUUUAUAGGUUUUGAAGCCAUAAAAUUGUGCCAAUUUAAGGGAAUAUGUAUAGAUAAGGAUUGUGAAUAAAUAAACGAAUUCCUUGA